GGCGCGGCGCCAUCGUCCCCCACAGCAGCGCUGGGAGAGCCGGCGGCUUCUCUGCCUUCGAGCGAGCCGGCAGCGGCGGCGGGACCCGCGUCCGGAGAUUCCCUCUCCGCCCUUCCCUGCUGCCCGCGCCUGCGAGGCGGCCGCCCCGGGGCUCCCUCCGAGCGCCCUCGUCCCCGCCGAGGCACCGGUUGCCGGAGGAUUCCCCCCCCCCUCCCCUCCCGCCGCCCACACGAGCCGGCAAAUGAACUCGGUCCGAGCCGCCAACAGGAGACCCAGGCGAGUGUCCAGGCCGCGCCCGGUGCAGCAGCAGCAGCAAGAGAGGAACAACGCCGCCGCCGCCGCCGGGGAUCGGGAUGAUGAUGUACCUGCAGAUAUGGUUGCAGAAGAAUCAGGUCCUGGUGCACAAAACAGCCCAUACCAACUUCGCAGAAAAACUCUUCUACCUAAAAGAACAGCUUGUCCUACAAAGAGCAGUAUGGAGGGUGCCUCUACUUCAGCUACUGAAAACUUUGGUCACCGAGCAAAACGUGCUAGAGUAUCUGGGAAAUCCCAGGAUUUAUCAGCAGCACCUGCAGAACAAUAUCUUCAGGAGAAGUUGCCAGAUGAAGUCGUUCUAAAGAUCUUCUCCUACCUGCUGGAGCAGGAUCUCUGUAGAGCAGCUUGUGUGUGUAAACGCUUCAGUGAGCUGGCUAAUGAUCCAAUUUUGUGGAAAAGAUUGUAUAUGGAAGUAUUUGAGUACACUCGUCCAAUGAUGCAUCCCGAACCUGGUAAAUUUUAUCAGAUUAAUCCAGAAGAAUAUGAACAUCCAAAUCCCUGGAAAGAAAGCUUCCAGCAGCUGUACAAAGGAGCACAUGUAAAGCCAGGUUUUGCUGAACACUUCUACAGUAAUCCUGCAAGAUACAAAGGAAGAGAAAAUAUGUUGUAUUAUGAUACCAUCGAGGAUGCUCUUGGUGGAGUUCAAGAAGCUCAUUUUGAUGGACUUAUCUUUGUUCACUCUGGUAUAUAUACUGAUGAAUGGAUAUAUAUAGAAUCUCCAAUCACCAUGAUUGGUGCAGCACCUGGAAAAGUAGCAGAUAAAGUUAUAAUAGAAAACACUAGAGAUUCCACCUUCGUUUUUAUGGAGGGUUCUGAAGAUGCCUAUGUUGGAUAUAUGACAAUCAGGUUCAACCCUGAUGACAAAUCUGCUCAGCACCACAAUGCGCACCACUGCUUAGAGAUUACCGUGAACUGCAGUCCAAUUAUAGAUCACUGUAUUAUUAGAAGUACUUGUACAGUUGGCUCUGCAGUAUGUGUUAGUGGCCAGGGAGCUUGUCCUACUAUUAAACACUGUAACAUCAGCGACUGUGAAAAUGUUGGACUUUAUAUUACAGACCAUGCACAGGGAAUAUAUGAGGACAAUGAGAUAUCCAAUAAUGCGUUAGCAGGAAUUUGGGUUAAAAACCACGGAAAUCCCAUUAUCAGACGGAACCACAUUCACCACGGACGUGACGUUGGCGUUUUCACUUUUGACCACGGAAUGGGUUAUUUUGAAAGCUGCAACAUCCAUAGAAACAGGAUAGCAGGCUUUGAAGUGAAAGCAUAUGCCAACCCAACAGUGGUGCGGUGUGAAAUCCAUCACGGCCAGACCGGAGGAAUCUAUGUGCAUGAAAAAGGAAGAGGACAAUUCAUAGAGAACAAAAUCUAUGCAAACAAUUUUGCAGGUGUUUGGAUUACCUCAAACAGUGACCCAACAAUAAGGGGCAAUGCAAUUUUUAAUGGGAAUCAAGGUGGUGUUUAUAUCUUUGGUGAUGGAAGAGGCCUUAUUGAAGGAAAUGACAUUUAUGGUAAUGCAUUAGCAGGAAUACAGAUUCGAACAAACAGCUGUCCCAUCGUUCGACACAACAAGAUUCAUGAUGGUCAACAUGGAGGAAUUUAUGUACAUGAAAAAGGACAAGGCGUGAUUGAGGAAAACGAAGUUUACAGCAAUACAUUGGCUGGAGUCUGGGUGACAACAGGGAGCACUCCAGUCUUGAGGAGAAACAGAAUACACAGUGGGAAACAAGUUGGAGUUUAUUUUUAUGACAAUGGACAUGGCGUGUUAGAAGACAAUGACAUCUAUAAUCACAUGUACUCAGGGGUUCAGAUAAGAACUGGAAGCAACCCCAAAAUUAGACGCAACAAGAUCUGGGGUGGUCAGAAUGGUGGUAUUCUUGUCUAUAAUUCUGGGCUUGGAUUUAUAGAAGACAAUGAAAUUUUUGAUAAUGCAAUGGCUGGUGUAUGGAUUAAAACAGACAGUAAUCCUACACUAAGAAGAAAUAAAAUCCAUGAUGGAAGAGAUGGAGGCAUCUGUAUAUUUAAUGGGGGAAGAGGUCUUCUGGAAGAGAAUGAUAUCUUCAGGAAUGCUCAAGCUGGUGUUCUUAUCAGCACCAAUAGCCACCCUGUGCUAAGGAAAAACAGAAUAUUCGAUGGGUUUGCUGCAGGUAUUGAAAUAACAAAUCAUGCAACUGCAACAUUAGAAGGCAAUCAGAUUUUCAACAACCGUUUUGGAGGUUUAUUUCUAGCAUCUGGUGUCAAUGUCACAAUGAAAGAUAACAAAAUAAUGAACAAUCAAGAUGCCAUAGAGAAAGCCGUCAGUAGAGGCCAGUGUUUAUAUAAGAUCUCAAGCUACACCAGCUACCCGAUGCAUGACUUCUACAGAUGUCACACCUGCAACACCACAGACCGUAACGCCAUCUGUGUGAACUGCAUCAAGAAGUGCCAUCAAGGACACGAUGUAGAAUUCAUUAGACAUGAUAGGUUUUUCUGUGACUGUGGUGCUGGAACACUGUCCAAUCCCUGUACGCUCGCCGGAGAGCCUACACACGAUACAGAUACACUAUAUGACUCUGCUCCACCUAUAGAAUCCAAUACAUUGCAGCACAACUGAAUUCCUUUUCAGAAAGAAAGUCCUGCCAUUCUAAUAUCAUAACUAUUAAAACUUUUUUUUUGGAGGAAGUUACACUUGCCCAUUUCUGCAGAAAGAGACUGUAUUAAAGCGGAUGUGUGAGGUGUUGACACUAUGGAGCUCAACCUACCAAAAAAGAAAGUGGCAAUAUGUUGACUCAGGAUAACAGAACUGGGCGUUUUAGCAUUACUGUGUAAACAAAGACUUUGAAGGGACAGAAGUGAAGAAAAAUAAGCUGCAAUUUUGUACAGAUACCAACUUCUGAGAGCUGGUGUUUUUACAAGUAGCAUUGAAACGCAGUCCAAUUUGCAGUAGUACUAUUCUGUAGACAAGCAGCAUUCUUUGUUGCUGCCUUUAUGGACAUGGGUACCAAUUGCUUUUGUAACAUGGUAAAAAUGUGAGCUAGCACUUCUGCAUUUCUUUUGAUUUUUUAACAUUUAUUCAGAUUGAGAAAUAUGAUUUUAAUGCUUUAAUCUCAUGUAGUUUGUUUCUAAUUUCAAGCAAAAAAAUCUUAUUGUACUUGAAUGUGUCCUGUUUUGUUAGCACACCUAGACUUGCUGUAACUGUACUCAUGUCCCAGUAUGUACGUUCUUUCUAUGAAAGAGAAAACACUAAUCUUAAAUUAUAUCCAGCAAUUUUUCUGGUGUCCUCUUAAGUUAGAAUAAUCUCCUCCCCUGCCCCAGCAAUAGUCUGUACUCGAACCACCCUAACAAAAGAAAGAACAGCGAGUGUUUUAAUGAGACUUCCUAGACUAUAAUGCACUAUAAAACAAAGUACCCAUGUAACUAAGUUUUGUGAAAGAAAUUUUACUAUGUUUUAAAGUACACAGUAGAAAGUCUCCUCAAAACAGUCUUAUACUUUACUCUGUUCAUAGUUUUUUUUGAACAGUCUGGACAUUACUUACAUAAUCUGCUGGAAAUCACAGCAAUUUCCUGCUCUAAUGAAGCUGAGACAAGUAUAUAUACAGCCCUAUACAGUUUCAUAGCUUUUUUCCAUUUAUGUGUAUUGGUGACAGUGGGUAAUCAACAGCCUGAAAGUGUAUGCAUGUACCAUAACAUCUAGACUUAAUAUAUUGUGGAGUACUCAAUAACCAUUAUGUAGAGGGUAGGUAUGAAUUAAAGGGUUUAAUUUCCUAGGAAAGACAAUGGAAAAAUGGUCAUUUUUA